ACUGAGCAUGCGUAGUCCAAACUCAUAGUUCAGUAAGCGGAAGUGUGUGUUAUUGUUGAGUCGUUCUUUUUUGAAAGCACAAAGAACAGGGAACCUUCAAUAGUUGGGGAUGUUCGGACUUUUUAAGACACCUAAGUGUGUCAAACUCCGGAGUGUCGAUAACGAGCAGAAAUAUGGAAUAGCAGCAACAAGCAUGAAAGAACUUCUUAAGAAAGGAUGUAAAAUAUUCCAGCUCCGCCCUGCUGGUUGCCGUGUGUGUUUGUACGAAGAUGGAACUGAACUUACUGAAGACUACUUCCGCAAUCUCCCUGACAACACACAACUAAUCCUACUCACCAAGGAGCAGGCGUGGAGUGGCUGUAUCUGUGACAUAAGCCUUUUGUUAGGCUCUUCCAACAAACAGACCACCGACCACCUCAUUGAGUCGGCAAAGAGCCUCCUGUCUGAUGAAAAUGCACCAAAGAGACGUAAGAUACUGCAGGAAUUAAUUCACAACCUGAGUGACAAUGCAGAGGCUGAGGACAGAGAGUGUGACAAAGACUGGUUUAAAGGUAUUGAUUCCAGGUUUAAGACUAAAUCGGAUUACAUGAAAUACAACUGUGCGAGUAGAGUGCGUGGCUACUUGAAGGAGGUUAAAGACUAUACUGGGGUAAGUCCCAAGGUGCAGGGUGAAUACCAGAGGAUUGUGGCUACCAUGGUAGAACAGCUGAAAACUGUGAAGUACAACGGCUGUUAUUUUGACAGGAGAGAAAAGGAUGACAGUCUGUGCACCCAGGAGGGCUGGUUUUCCUGUCAGAGUGCAUUUGAUGCAGAGAAGUGCCCGUCUUUUCAUUCUAUUAAUCCCUAUGGAAACCGUGAGAGUAGAAUCCUCUUCAGCACCUGGAACCUUGAUCACAGGAUUGAGAAGAAACGUGCAAUCAUUCCUACCCUGGCAAAAGCAGUGGAAAACCGGAACGGCAGAGAAAUCAACUGGGAGUAUUUCUACAGCUUACUGUUUACCCGGGAAAACCUCAAACUUGUGCACAUCGCUUGCCAUGAGAAAACGUGUCACAAUCUGGAGUGCGACGGGAGCAAAGUGUAUACUAAAGGAAAACGCCGUAGACAGUGAACGACCGAGGCGUGAAGCAAAAGCCUUUUAGCUGGAUUUUCAAAUGCCAAUGAAGUUAUGUAGGCUUGUCAUUGAACCCUACAAGCAAAUCUUAGGGAUACACAUUAUUUUAAAGGAGUGUUGAAAGUGGUUUUUAUAUUUUUAAAAUCAAAGUGGCCUUAAACUAUGUGGUCAAUAACUAAACAUUAAGCCAGUUUACAUUCAGUAGCUAAUCAUGAGCCAAAUUUCCAAAAAGUGCCAUUUGUGUUUUACAAUGUUAUGAAGUCUUAUUAAAAAAAAAAAAAAUUAUGUGUUCCAAUGCUGACUGAUCAUGUAUACAUUAUAUUUCUAUUACUUUUUAUGAAGUGAAUUAUGUUUAGAUAUUUUUCAUUUAGUUUUUAAAUACAAUCUAGCAGAGAAAAAAGGACAAGCUCAUAGAUUGCAACAAUCUGGUGAAAUAGAGCUUCAAAAACUAAAAACAGGAAAGUUGUUUUUAAAUUAUGCAUUGAAAAUAAAAAGAGAAAUCGCUA